AAUGCCGCCAUUAGUGACGGCCCCUUCUUCUUCUCUCUCUUCCUUCCGCCAUUAAUACCUUCCAUUAAAUUUCUUCACACACAAAAUCACUUUCCCCCUUCAAUCUUCACAACCCAAUAUAUAUAACGGAUUCUAUUCCCUCUCCCCUUUCUACCAUUGGUGAACUUACUCUUUCUCACAAUCAUUCAAACUCUCUGUUUAUCUCUCUCUCUCUCUCCCUCUCUUUGUCUCCAUGGCUGCUGAUGUCACAACCUUUAUCAGGACUUUGAACGGAUACGAAGAUCAGAAGAAGCAGAAGACGACGACGAUGGAAUCAGCCGGAACAUCGUCGGCGGCGCUGAUUACCCGUGAUUUGCUUGGAGGUUGUUCGACGCUUGAUUCUAAAGAACUUGACCUAGACUUGCAGGUUCCAUCUGGUUGGGAGAAGCGACUCGAUCUGAAGUCUGGGAAGGUAUACAUCCAAAGAUGCAAAUCACCAAACAAUUCACCAUCUCUAUCAACAGAGAGCAAAAAACAUCAAACAUCCUUAAAGCUAGAAGACAUAAACUUCCCACCUCAAUCCAAGAAAAAACCAGUUCUCAAUCUAUUGGAUGAUACAAGCUUAGGUCUCAGGCUCUUCCCAUCAUCUUCAACCACUAUUUAUCAGAGUGUUUGUACUCUAGACAAGGUGAAAUCUGCACUUGAAAGAGCUGAAAAGGAAACUAAGAAGAAGAGAUCAGCCUCAUGGUCGAAAUCCUCAUCACCACCUUCAAAUUCAUCAUGUUCUAUAAUGGCUUUGGAGGAUGUUGAUGAGGAGAAAUCAGUCUCUUCAUUCGCUGCCGGUUGCCCGGGUUGUCUUCUUUAUGUGCUCAUAUCGAAGAGUAAUCCUCAAUGCCCUCGAUGCCAUACACAUGUUCCUUUGCCUGAAGUAGCCAAGAGAGCAAGGAUCGAUCUUAACAUAUCGAUAUGAAGAAGGUUGUUCUAGAAAUUCAAUCAUGGUCUUCACUUUUGUAAAUGAUAAUUGAUCAAAGUUUGUUUUAUUAUUAUAAGGAAAAUAGAAAUAGGUGGUCGGAGUAUACUUUAUUUGAAACUUAUCUCAUCCCUCUCCUUUACUAUAACAAAAUCUUCAAUACAGUUUUUCUUUUCUAUUGUGUUCUUAU